UGACAAAGAAAUGGAACGUAUUAACUAUUAUGUGAAGGGUACAAGCGAGCGAUUUAGUAGACGCUCGGUGAAGCAAUGAAGUCACGAAAUUACGAUUGCACCUUGUUCUACAGCUUUCGUGGGCUUACGCUCCCACUUUUACCGUUAUCUGACUAGACAAGACAUUCAUUUCGCUUUAGGACGUGGCUCCUUCACAAGCGGGUAUCUACCAGUCGGUCCCGGGUUUCCUUAUCUAAUUAGUAUAACAACGUCGCGGUAUUACCCUAACGAGUGUACUAAGUUAUUUACAUUCUACCUCAGUCGGCCUCGAGUCGCCAGCGUGCGUGUAGAUCGGCCCCGGCGUUUACGUAAACACCGAUAGUGCCACGGUAGCACCAUGCGGUCGGUCUCUCUUCCAUAUGCCUCAUGAAUAUCCCUCUGUCAAUCAACUGUUUUUGACUCAAAACUUAACCAUCCAAGUCAAAGAUUUAAGUGAAGUGAGCUACUGUUUUUUGGUUGGAUUUAAUAGUGAAACUGUAUGUUGGGAUGUGUUGAAAACCCUGUUGAAAAAUGGAUAGAAAACUAGACUUAUUGUCAUUAUUUGAGUCGGAUUCCUGGCAGGCUCCCGACGACCUCCUGGAAAAUAUAUUUUCUCUGGACCAGGGGUCUUUGAACUUUUUGGAAGAGUCAUUGCCAGACUUCAAUUUACCUACCGACAUAUCUCAACCAGAAGGGCUUAGCAGUUCGUGUUCCGACAGUGGAUUAUCAAGCGACCCGGCUGAAUUCGAUUUCGAGCAGCAACUCUCUCCGUUCCUCAUCCAGAACUCAUGCGACGAGGAUGUGCCGACGACAGUCCUGGACCCCAUGAGUCCGGGGGACGUCCAGGAUGUCAUCAUCCAGGACACAAGCGAUUCCAACAGCUCGACGGAACAGGACACGUUCGAUAUGCUCGACUUCGAGCAGAAUGUCAUGCCUGGGUUCAUUAAUAGCAAUACAUUCCAAAAUAAUAAUGGUAACGUUGGCAGAAAACGCCGUCUCUCCCAAACGCCGCAAGCCGUCCAACCGAAGGUCCAAAAACCGACGAUUAGAUUACCGGCCGCCUCCGUACAGAAACCGCAGCUAGUCGUCAAGGCGCAACCCCAAAAGCCCUUCAAGCUCACGAACAUCCAAGUCAUCAACCCCCAAACUAAAGUGUACUCCAAACCGGUAGAGAGCGUUGCCCCGCAGCGUAGAGUUAUCAGAGUCGCGCCAAUGAACGGCAAUCCUAGGUCCAUACUGCUGCCAGUCACCUUCAAAGACAUGAAGGACCUAAAGUCCAUCAAGAUCAUAAACGCAGCCGACCUAAAGAACGCUUCGAAUAUCAAAAUCGCCGCGGCCAACCUUCUCUCGCAAAGCAAACUGCAAGAUCUCAAAAUGGACAGCCGGGACGAUCGCGAUUACGAACAAAAUGGCAGCCAUUUGGAUGACUCAGGCAGCGACCGCAGCGAUGACGAAGAUGACAAGGAGACCCAAAUCAACGACGGCAGGAACGGGUAUCCCCGUCUCGUUCUAACAGCUGAGGAGAGACGGUUGUUAGCAAAGGAGGGCAUCACCUUACCUCAAAGCUACCCCCUCACUAAACACGAAGAAAGGGAACUGAAGAGAAUCAGGCGUAAAAUCAGAAAUAAGAUCUCCGCUCAGGAUUCCCGUAAACGCAAGAAGGAAUAUGUUGAUGGAUUGGAAGACAGGGUCAAACAGUGCACGGCCGAGAAUCAGACACUCAUCAGACGGAUAAAGAUACUGCAGUCCCAGAACCAGUCCCUGACACAACAGCUGAAGAGAUUGCAGAACGUGCUAACUGGUGUAACGUCGGGCUCGAGCGGCAAGGCACAGCCGGCCACGUGUCUUCUCGUGCUAUUGCUGUCAGUGGCCUUGGUGGCGCUGCCGUCCAUGCGCGAGGAGGUGCGCGGCAAGGCGCCCGACCGCGCCGCGUCGCCCGCCAUCACACGCGCCCUGCUGUCCGCUACCAACAGUAAGUUGCGUUUACUGCAGAACGUGCUAACUGGUGUAACGUCGGGCUCGAGCGGCAAGGCACAGCCGGCCACGUGUCUUCUCGUGCUAUUGCUGUCAGUGGCCUUGGUGGCGCUGCCGUCCAUGCGCGAGGAGGUGCGCGGCAAGGCGCCCGACCGCGCCGCGUCGCCCGCCAUCACACGCGCCCUGCUGUCCGCUACCAACAGUAAGUUGCGUUUACUGCAGAACGUGCUAACUGGUGUAACGUCGGGCUCGAGCGGCAAGGCACAGCCGGCCACGUGUCUUCUCGUGCUAUUGCUGUCAGUGGCCUUGGUGGCGCUGCCGUCCAUGCGCGAGGAGGUGCGCGGCAAGGCGCCCGACCGCGCCGCGUCGCCCGCCAUCACACGCGCCCUGCUGUCCGCUACCAACAGUAAGUUGCGUUUACUGCAGAACGUGCUAACUGGUGUAACGUCGGGCUCGAGCGGCAAGGCACAGCCGGCCACGUGUCUUCUCGUGCUAUUGCUGUCAGUGGCCUUGGUGGCGCUGCCGUCCAUGCGCGAGGAGGUGCGCGGCAAGGCGCCCGACCGCGCCGCGUCGCCCGCCAUCACACGCGCCCUGCUGUCCGCUACCAACAGUAAGUUGCGUUUACUGCAGAACGUGCUAACUGGUGUAACGUCGGGCUCGAGCGGCAAGGCACAGCCGGCCACGUGUCUUCUCGUGCUAUUGCUGUCAGUGGCCUUGGUGGCGCUGCCGUCCAUGCGCGAGGAGGUGCGCGGCAAGGCGCCCGACCGCGCCGCGUCGCCCGCCAUCACACGCGCCCUGCUGUCCGCUACCAACAGUAAGUUGCGUUUACUGCAGAACGUGCUAACUGGUGUAACGUCGGGCUCGAGCGGCAAGGCACAGCCGGCCACGUGUCUUCUCGUGCUAUUGCUGUCAGUGGCCUUGGUGGCGCUGCCGUCCAUGCGCGAGGAGGUGCGCGGCAAGGCGCCCGACCGCGCCGCGUCGCCCGCCAUCACACGCGCCCUGCUGUCCGCUACCAACAGUAAGUUGCGUUUACUGCAGAACGUGCUAACUGGUGUAACGUCGGGCUCGAGCGGCAAGGCACAGCCGGCCACGUGUCUUCUCGUGCUAUUGCUGUCAGUGGCCUUGGUGGCGCUGCCGUCCAUGCGCGAGGAGGUGCGCGGCAAGGCGCCCGACCGCGCCGCGUCGCCCGCCAUCACACGCGCACUGCUGUCCGCUACCAACAGUAAGUUGCGUUUACUGCAGAACGUGCUAACUGGUGUAACGUCGGGCUCGAGCGGCAAGGCACAGCCGGCCACGUGUCUUCUCGUGCUAUUGCUGUCAGUGGCCUUGGUGGCGCUGCCGUCCAUGCGCGAGGAGGUGCGCGGCAAGGCGCCCGACCGCGCCGCGUCGCCCGCCAUCACACGCGCCCUGCUGUCCGCUACCAACAGUAAGUUGCGUUUACUGCAGAACGUGCUAACUGGUGUAACGUCGGGCUCGAGCGGCAAGGCACAGCCGGCCACGUGUCUUCUCGUGCUAUUGCUGUCAGUGGCCUUGGUGGCGCUGCCGUCCAUGCGCGAGGAGGUGCGCGGCAAGGCGCCCGACUGCGCCGCGUCGCCCGCCAUCACACGCGCCCUGCUGUCCGCUACCAACAGUAAGUUGCGUUUACUGCAGAACGUGCUAACUGGUGUAACGUCGGGCUCGAGCGGCAAGGCACAGCCGGCCACGUGUCUUCUCGUGCUAUUGCUGUCAGUGGCCUUGGUGGCGCUGCCGUCCAUGCGCGAGGAGGUGCGCGGCAAGGCGCCCGACCGCGCCGCGUCGCCCGCCAUCACACGCGCCCUGCUGUCCGCUACCAACAGUAAGUUGCGUUUACUGCAGAACGUGCUAACUGGUGUAACGUCGGGCUCGAGCGGCAAGGCACAGCCGGCCACGUGUCUUCUCGUGCUAUUGCUGUCAGUGGCCUUGGUGGCGCUGCCGUCCAUGCGCGAGGAGGUGCGCGGCAAGGCGCCCGACCGCGCCGCGUCGCCCGCCAUCACACGCGCCCUGCUGUCCGCUACCAACAGUAAGUUGCGUUUACUGCAGAACGUGCUAACUGGUGUAACGUCGGGCUCGAGCGGCAAGGCACAGCCGGCCACGUGUCUUCUCGUGCUAUUGCUGUCAGUGGCCUUGGUGGCGCUGCCGUCCAUGCGCGAGGAGGUGCGCGGCAAGGCGCCCGACCGCGCCGCGUCGCCCGCCAUCACACGCGCCCUGCUGUCCGCUACCAACAGUAAGUUGCGUUUACUGCAGAACGUGCUAACUGGUGUAACGUCGGGCUCGAGCGGCAAGGCACAGCCGGCCACGUGUCUUCUCGUGCUAUUGCUGUCAGUGGCCUUGGUGGCGCUGCCGUCCAUGCGCGAGGAGGUGCGCGGCAAGGCGCCCGACCGCGCCGCGUCGCCCGCCAUCACACGCGCCCUGCUGUCCGCUACCAACAGUAAGUUGCGUUUACUGCAGAACGUGCUAACUGGUGUAACGUCGGGCUCGAGCGGCAAGGCACAGCCGGCCACGUGUCUUCUCGUGCUAUUGCUGUCAGUGGCCUUGGUGGCGCUGCCGUCCAUGCGCGAGGAGGUGCGCGGCAAGGCGCCCGACCGCGCCGCGUCGCCCGCCAUCACACGCGCCCUGCUGUCCGCUACCAACAAAAUGGGGCUCGACGAAACCGUCAUAGACGACGGAGAAUUCAACAUGGAUGAACUUAUAACGUUCAACCGCGCUCACUCCGACCACGACUACCAAGUCGUCAAGAGCCUCGACCACGGCAACAUCCUUCCCAACGGAUACGUCGACCUCCCGAUUGACGAGGACUGGCCACCUAACCUCAAAAAGCGGAUGAAAAAGCUAGAAUUCGACUACGAAGACGGGAAAGACUACCUACCACCCAUUGUCAAAGAGGAAAACUACCAGAAUGCAUACAAAUCAACAAAAUUCGAGGACGACAUCAAGCUUGAUAAUGAUUUCCUAACCAAUACGAUACUUUCUACUGGAAGAAAAUUGGGUGAGCUUUUGGAAGCGUUCCCGCCAAUACCCGUCAACAAUGAGGACAUAGUCAUAGAGGAGAUAUCCGAUUUUGAUACGAGGAAUAACAUUACGGAUAUUAAAAGUUUCGUCGUCAAUGGGACUAUGAACGAAUUCUAAAUUAGACAGUUUGAGUUUUUAGAAAUUGGCUACUGUGUAACCUCUAAAAAUGUAACUAUCUAUUUCAACUUCAUAAGCGUGUCACGAAAAAUAUAGUUUUUAAAUUGCAUCAUAAUAUCUAGGUGGCAAUUUCUAAAAAAUCAAAACUUGACACAAUAUAAUGUGGGCAAUUCUGCUGUGGUACCACAAGCUCUAAACCUCAUUAAAUUGACAGCUCUAAAUGGACAGGUAAAAAAGAUUCCGACGAAUUGAGAACCUCCUCCUUUUUUCGAAGUCGGUUAAAAAAUUACUAUUUCACUCAGAACGCUCCCUGCAGAAAAGGACAGCACUAGAUUUUAGACUUGUCAAUUAAGUUUAGUUUAGAUAUUGUGUACAAAAAAAUUAGCUACAAUGUUACGAUAUUUAUAUUCUGCUAUUUUCGCUGCACUUGAUUCCUUAGAGAUAUAUGUAUUUUAUAUGCAGAUUAUUUUUAAUAUUUCUUUUUUGAUGAAAUUAUUCCUUAGUUUAAGCUCAUGUGACUCUAUUCGAUGUUUCCGUCAUAAAAACUGAAAGAAACAUCGAAUGAUAGUGUGACAUUUUAGGUUAAGUAUUAUUUCGUGAUUAAGUAAGACUUGGAGCAUAAU